AUUGUGACUUUCUUCUAUUUGAUUAUCAUUAUUACUUCAGUUUUUAUCUUCAUCAAUCAUAAGUCUUACUUAUACUUUGUUGUUAUUUUGGAAUUAUUGAGUCUAGAAAUCCUUAUUGUUAUUUUUUUCUACAGUAGCAUAAUCUUUAGUACUGGUGAUUUCUUGAUAAUAAUGACCCUUGUAACAUCUGAGGCAGCUAUAGGUCUUACCUUAAUAGUAACUAUUUUGCGAGCUAACGGAAGGGACAUAGUGAGAAAUAAAAAUAUGACAAUAGUAUAA